AUGGGUUCAUACGUUCGACAGCAACGUGACCACGUUUUGGACAGCUCUAAUGCAAUUUAUACCGCCGAGUCAACGAACCAAACCCCUACGGUGGCUCAGUCUUAUUACGGGUUUCAGCAAGCUAGCUCAGAAAACUUAUCCAAGACAGCACUUGAUUCAGGCACCGAUACAAAUGGAUUCCAAUACAGAAACCCGAACUUUGGAAGAGUUAUUCCACAGGGGGAAAUUGUCUCCCGCAUAGUUCCGUACUGGGAAGUGGAGAUCAAGCUUUAUCCGUUGUUCUUUUACAUGGUUGCCAAUCAAUGUAUCAACAACAAAACGUUGAUAUAUGUGCCACCUCCAUUUUGA